UGGAGAAUCGUACUUCAGUCAUCGUCGAACCGGCAAAACGCGAGUACGCCUUGAAUUCUAUUGAUCGUUUGUGGUGCGCUAGCGAGUUUGAUUCUUUUUAGCAACAUGAACGCAGGAUACAAUUGGAUGCCAUGGUCCACUCAUCAGGGAAUUCCACCGGCCGCUGUUUAUGCCGGAAAUGAUCAGGAUGGAUCACCGAUUUAUAUCGGUCGAGCGUUUCACGACGGAGAUCAGCUACCGGCGAAAGUAAUACCCAGUAAGCAGGCAGCUUAUGUGUCACACAAUGGACUAGAAAUUUUCAAAUCACAUUUCGAGGUACUAAGCGGCCAGGGAUUUACUUGGGUGCAGAGCAGUAAUGGACACGUACCCAGCGGAGCUGUACUUUGUGGAAAUACGAUCUCCGGGGAGCCUCUCUACAUCGGCCGAUCCCAUCAUGAAGGAAGUUUGACUCCGGGUAAGAUCCAUCGUACCCAUGGUUGUCUGUACAUUCCAUUCGGUGGGGCUGAGCAGAGUUUUUUGCAUUACGAAGUACUAGUCGGCCAACAGCGAGCUAAUUGGUCACACUGCUCUGCAGGUGCACCGCUACCACCGGGUGCCAUCUUGGCAGGCCAUGACAGUGACGGUGCUCCGAUCUACGUAGGCCGAGCAUACCACGAAGGGGAUCAGCUUCCGGCCAAGGUGCUCCCCAGCAAACAGAUAUCCUAUGUUUGCCACAACGGCCAGGAAAUUCCGAAACAUUCAUUUGAGGUACUUUGCAACGGUAACGUAACUUGGGUCCCAUCCGGAUUCGGUAGCGUCCCACCGAAUGCUGUAUUGGGAGGACGUACUUCGACUGGAGAAACUCUGUACGUUGGUCGGGCGCAUCACAUGGGAAGUUUGACUCCGGGCAAGGUGCAUCCCAGUCACCAGACAUUGUACAUUCCUUACGGUGGAAGCGAGGUGCCGAUUAAAAGCUACGAAGUGCUGAUUGAGAAUUAGACUUGGAUUUUUUCACAGUUACUUCUAUGUAAAAUGCUGAAUUCAAUAAACCUUUUGUCUGUUUAAUAGUUACAAUCUAA